GCGGCGGCGCCGGCUGGUCGCGUGCAGACUGGCAAGCCCUGUCGCCGCUGACGGGCCCCCCUGCUGCUGCCGCUCUUUGCUUCCUCGCGCUCGCGGAGCCCACAGCAGCCCGCCACCAUCCUCCCCACGACGUGCUGCCCGGCGCCCGCAGCCAUGUGCCGCACCCUGGCCGCCUUCCCCACCACCUGCCUGGAGAGAGCCAAAGAGUUCAAGACACGUCUGGGCAUCUUUCUCCACAAAUCGGAGCUGGGCUCUGAUACUGGGAGUGCUGGCAAGUUUGAGUGGGGCAGUAAACACAGCAAAGACAGUAGAAAUUUCUCAGAAGAUGUGCUGGGGUGGAGAGAGUCGUUCGACCUGCUGCUGAGCAGUAAAAAUGGGGUGGCUGCCUUCCACGCUUUCCUGAAGACAGAGUUCAGCGAGGAGAACCUGGAGUUCUGGCUGGCCUGCGAGGAGUUCAAGAAGAUCCGAUCGGCCACCAAGCUGGCCUCCAGGGCUCAGCGUAUCUUUGAGGAGUUCAUCAGCAGCGAAGCCCCUAAAGAGGUGAACAUAGACCAUGAGACCCGAGAGCUGACAAGGACCAACUUGCAGGCUGCCACAGCCGCAUGCUUUGACGUGGCUCAGGGAAAGACACGCACCCUGAUGGAGAAGGACUCCUACCCGCGCUUCCUGAAGUCACCUGCUUACCGGGACCUGGCUGCCCAAGCCUCGGCUGCCUCGGCGUCGCUGUCUGGCAGCAGCCUGGCUGAGCCCUCACACACCUGAGCCUCCGUGCGGUGAGGAGGCCAGCGAGAAGAGAGGUCGAGUCACCCAUCCCUGAGGCGGCUGCCCCCCGUGUGGGAGGCAGGUUCUGCAAAGCACGUGCGAGAGGACAGUGCAGGACAAUGCCGUCCCGGCAGCCUGUUUGGAAAGCACCAGCCUCUCCUCAGAUACUGUGGGACCCGAUUCCACGUGCCGGGGAGGUCCCCCACUCCCAGGCUCUGUGGAUAAGGGCUGACGACAAGGGGUGUGGGGCUCGCCGGGGAAAAGAACGGGGGUGCAGGCGUUAGCGCUUUUCGUCUCUGGGGAAGGAAACAGUCCAAGGUGGCCUAGGAAACGUGCGGAUGAAGGGAACCUUGGAGAGGGGCACAGACCCACCCAGAUCAGCUGUUUUGCCUGUUGAUCGGUUGUCACGUCCUGUUUUCCUAAUUCCCAGACAGUCUGGGCACGGAAGGGGAGGAGGGUGUGGAGCCUUCCCCUUCUGCCCUCCUCCCCUGCUUCUGGGCUGCCCCAGGAUCCCUUAGCCUGCACUUCUUAACGCUCUUGUGUGUCCAGCCAGCAAGGCCAGCAAGCUGAUGGGACUCUUGCCCCAAAUGAGAUUGUUACAGCUCAGACACUGGCCGGCGCAUGGAGAGCCCUUAAGAGAGGCCAUCUUGCUCGUGUGAGAUCGUUGUCCUCCUGCAGGUGGCCCUGGCCCCGCGUUUGCAGCAGGGUCCACCUGCGAGCAGGCCUGCCCAAGGGCCUCUUGCUGGGAUGUGCCCUCUCUGGGCUCUGUGCUGCCCUUGAAGGUGGGGCCUGUGAGGACACGUUGGUGGGGGGCGCGGAGGCCCCGGGAGCAGCUGUCCAGCCCUCGUGCCUGGCAGUGUGGAACCAGGGAGAAAAGAAUCCUAGGAAACUGAUCUCUCGGCAGUUCCUGAAAGUCCUACUGAAAGCAAUAUUUUUUUGUGGAUACGAGAACAGGGAAAAAGAUGCCCCAGGAUGGAAGGGGAGCCUCAAGUUCCUUUCCUGUGGACGUGAGGGGCACCACUGGGCUGCUGGCAGAGGUGGGGCAGGGACCACAGUGGCCCUUGGACCGAUGGAGAAGCCGGGAGUGAAGCUGGGGGAGAGGCUGCUGGGAAGGACGGGACUGGGAGAGUCAGAACUUGCCUGUCACCGCAGGGCACCACCAAACACAUCCCAGGUGGGACCCCCUGCGCUGGGGAGGUGAAUGGACUGGGGCAGCCCCUUAGGGCCCACGUAAUCAACACUGUUCUCUGCACUGUGUGCUCCUCCAGGAGGAAGUUAUUUAAGUAUAUUGUAUUGUUUUGUGCCGAUUGUCAUAUUAUUUUUGUUAUUGUU